AUGGAUAGGCCGAAGAUUGCAUUGGAAGCAAUCAUCAUUCUGGGUACGGGCACUUUCGGACUCCAGUGGUUCAAUGGCGGGGGUGCCUUGGCCUGGGAAGUGGAGGUGGGGCACAGCAGACAGGCGGGAGAUUCCUUAAGGUACACUGUAUCAAAGUACCUGUGGCGGCUGGACUUUCUCAUGACCGUCAAAGUACCUAGCAGAGUACUGCUAUCGAUCAAACUCGUGCUGUUUUCCAAUGAACCAACACAUCAUCAUAAACUCAAUUCAACCGUCAACAACAAUAACACAUUCUCAAAAGGGGCUGAGGUUUAUUGA